UCCCAAGUUGGCUACAACAAACCUGCUGUACCCACAAAGCCUAUGGUCUAGCCCAUAACCAGGAUGCAGCUGCCCAUUUUCCUACUACUGUGUAUUGGUCUAACUCUGAUCAGGACCGAAAGUUGUCCUCCAUCGCAGGCUAUUUUACCCUGCCGCUGUUCCUUGCGAGGAAAGGAAAUCCAGAUAUGGUGCUCGCACAGUAACCUACCCCAGAUCCAAACCGGUCUCAAGGCCGUGGAACGGAAUAUAAAGGGCCGGAUUGACGAACUGGUCCUGGAGAACAACCAAUUGCCGGCGCUGCCAGGACGCUUCUUUGGCAGCCUGCAGAUUGUGCGACUGAUGCUGCGUCACAAUAGCAUCGAAAGAGUGUCCAACGGAUGGCUGAAUGAGCUGGAGAACGGCCUGGUUGAGAUCUUCGUGGUGGAACCUCAACUGCGCAGCAUUCCGGCGGAGAGUCUUAACGGGAUGAUCAACAUGCUGGCCAUAACCAUCCAGAGCGAUGAGCUGAAGCACUUGCCUGAUUUCUCGGGAUUGCUAAGCCUCACCUAUCUGAGUGUCCAGACGGCAGCUCUCCAAGAACUGCCACCCCAUCUCUUUAGACACCUCCCUAAACUUCAACACAUACAUAUAACAGGAGGCGGAGGUCUCACCCGCUUGGAAGCGGGUCUUUUCGAUGGUUUGAUCUCCCUGAAGAACUUGGAUCUAUCGCACAACGGUCUCAACUGGAUACAUUUACGUGCCCUGUCGAGAUUGCCCAAUUUGGUUAGCCUAAAGCUUUCCUAUAAUCAAAUCAGCGAUGUGGGCAUGGUUGGUCGCAUUGUAAAGGAUCUGGAGCAUCUAAAGAAACUACGACUGGACCACAAUCUCAUCACCGUAAUAGAGGAUGGCUCCUUUGUGGACCUGCCCAAUCUCUCCGAGCUUCACCUGAACGAUAAUAGAAUCACAGAACUGCAAUAUGGAGCCUUUCUACGCACACCCCAGUUGAAGACCAUAUAUCUGCACAACAAUCUCAUCCGGCGUAUCCAUCCGGAAUCCCUGCUUCAGGCAAGUGGAAGUGGUGUGGAGGCGGUGCACAUCUACAACAAUGAGAUUGGUCACGUGGAAGCUUUGAGGGCUUUGUUGGAUGCAUUACCUACGCUUCGCUAUCUGGACAUGAGUGGUAAUCUGCUGAGCGAGCUGCCUUAUGGAGCUCUUCGUGGCCACGGGACUCUGGAGCAACUGCAUCUGAACCACAACCACCUGAGACUCAUCGAGAGGGAUGCCUUGAUGGCAAUGCCCGCCUUGAGGGAACUUCGGAUGAGAAAUAACAGCUUAUCUUCGGAUUUACCCCUACCAUUUUGGAAUCUUCCUGGUUUAAAAGGCCUUGAUCUAGCUCAGAAUCAAUUUGGCAGGGUGGAUUCCCAGUUGCUGGCCGGACUUCCCUCUCUAAGACGUCUGGAUCUCAGUGAGAAUGGUCUUACCGAAGUGGCGCCCAACAGUUUCCGUCACAACCCCCUCCUCGAAACCCUCAACAUAUCCUCCAAUGAACUGUCCAAAAUUCAUUCUUCCACACUAAUCCAUUUGGAGAGACUUUUUGAGGUCGAUGCCAGUUAUAAUCAGUUGAAAACAGUGAUCGGAGGUCUUCCUAGAAUCGUGGAGCGUAUCUCAUUGAAGGGUAACCACAUAUCUUCUCUACCAGCAGCUGCUAGCAAGGAUUUGCAAUUGCCCAACCUGCGGAUGCUGGAUCUUAGUCAGAAUCGCAUAGAACAGCUGCCCAGACACGGUUUUCAGGGGGCAUCGGAGCUGAGGGUCUUGAGUCUGGCUCAAAACGAGUUGCGUCAGUUGGAGGACACCUCCUUCAUAGGAAUCCAACGUCUGGAGUUGCUACAUCUGCAGGAUAACCAACUUGGUGAAGCCGAUGAGAGGGCUUUACUACCGCUCGCGGAACUAAGGAAUCUAAACCUCCAGUCCAACAAAUUGGAAGCUAUUACGGAUAAUUUAUUUUCCAACAACAGUCGACUUGAGCAGUUGGAUCUGUCUAGGAAUCUAAUACGCAGCAUCUCGCCCACCGCAUUCGACACCCAAAGAUCACUGGAAUAUCUGGAUCUCUCUGGAAAUGCCCUUCUGGAUAUCUCGGUGGGAUUGGGAAACCUGAACAACCUGCGAGACAUCGAUCUCAGCUAUAAUCAGAUAUCCCGUGUCCAAUCCGAUGUGAUUGGUGGCUGGCGAAAUGUGGUAGAGAUCCGAUUGUCCAAUAAUCUUAUUGUAGAGUUGCAGCAGGGCACUUUCCGCAACCUUCCUAAGCUGCAAUAUCUUGAUCUCAGCAGCAAUGAGAUCAGGAAUGUGGAGCCUGGAGCCCUUAAGGGACUCGAUGAACUCCAGGAAUUCGUUUUGGCCGACAAUAAGUUAGUGGAGCUAAAGGAUCAUGUCUUUGAGGAGCUACCAAAUCUGCUGGCCUCCCACUUUCAGUACAACAAACUGCGCUACAUAUCACCGGAAAGCUUCCACAAUGCUAAUUCGCUAGUCUUUCUUAAUCUUUCCAACAAUCACUUCAGGAAUAUGGAAAAUAUAGGUCUUCGAAGCAUGCGAAAUCUUGAGGUUUUGGAUCUCUCCACCAAUGGGGUCAAGUUGGUCUCGACGAUGCCGUUGAAGGCCUUAAACUGGUUGGUAGAACUCAAAAUGGACAACAAUCAGAUAUGUCGGAUUCAGGGUUCUCCUUUUGAGACGAUGCCUCGUUUACGAGUCUUGUCCAUGCGGAACAACCAACUUAGGAGUAUUAAAGAACGUACCUUCCGAAACCUUCGAGGAAACAUAGCCAUUUUGGAUGUGGACGGCAAUCCCAUUGACUGCAAUUGCGAGAUGCAGUGGCUGUCGGUGUGGCUGCAGGAGACGAACUUUCCGUAUCCGGGACCCAAGUGCCAGGAUGGACGCCUGCUGAGAGCGGCCCGCAUGGAGAGAAGUCUCUGCACGGGUGUGGAUAUCUAUGGGAAUGAACGAACCGAUGGCAACCACUUGCCACUGCUGAACGAGCACGGCGAUGUCUUCCAGAGGGAUUUGCCAGAGGAUUUCAAUGAUGAGUGCGAGGCCAACGAGGGAACCAGGCUGCCAGGAGAUCGACCUCUGGUGGGGGAGAGCGAGUACUUCUACGAUCAGUAUGUGGACGCGACCGAGGCACCAGAUACGACCAACUCCGUGAUCAGUACUUCGCAGCGACCCAAGCCGAUUCCCACGGCAAACAGCAAUUUAGAUCUGAAUAAUACAUUGCUCCAUACGAAAUACUUCAAUCGAAGGCCUCAGCAGGGUAGUGGAUCGCCCUUUACCUUCUUUGGAUAUCCCUUGCCUAGUGUGAGUUUAGGUAGAUUUUUCGGUUUCGGGGAUCGAGGACGAAAACAGCGAACGGAUGGCCCCGAUGAAAUGCCUGCCACGCAUCGAAUGGCACACAUAAAUCUGCCCAGUGGACGGGGAAAAACUAGGAUGUAUCAGCCGAAUAGCGCUGAGUUCGAAAAGUAUCUAAAGGAUCAGCAGCAGCAGGAGAAGCAAAACAUUGCGAGAAAUCGAUAUGUGGACACUGAUUCCACCACUUCCUCCGUGGAGGAUGCGCUGAGCAACGAGAGUGGAAGUGCAGCCACCACAGUGGGUGUCUUUCGCACCACCUUUCGUGAGCCAUCGAGCAUCGAACGCGGUGGUUUCCGUCCCAUCAUUCCGGUCCAUGUCGGUGGUUUUAUGCCUGUACAAGAUCCUCAGCAGCGACGUGGUCUGGUUGAGCCAGUGAAUGUUACGGGAAAACCACCGGAGACGAGCCAAGGAAAGGGUGAAAGGAAAUUUAUUCCCAUUUCUGAUCAGGCGAGACCUAAGCCAACCAAAAGCAGCGGUGAAAGUUCAGAAACGGCAACAUACGAGGUCACAGAAACCACUUCCGAUGUUACCACCACAAUGCCAGUGAUGCCGAGGAUAACAACUAGCACAACUAGAGCAUCUACAAGGACCACGCCGAGGAGUACUUCAAGUACUACAACUAGUACCCAGGGAACUACCAUUAACGAUGCCUCAUCCAGCAGUGAACAGGAGCAGGAAUCUCAGUACGAUGACGACGACCUGGAGGCGCAAUCUGUGACCUUGCUAAGACCUCCUCCUCUGGUGCAGACAACCACGGCGGAGACGAUAUUGUUGAUUCCUCCGGCCGAAGAGCAUGUGGCGCAGAUCAAGAGUCGUUCCUGGGUGACCACCACAACGCCACAGAGUCCAAGUGACUUUCAGGUUACUCCAGCCCGUCCCACGAGCACAGUACCACCACCGCCACCGCCUUCUCCUCCGCUGCGAGGUGGAGGACGCUCCACCAUCACCAAGGUGUACACGCCCUAUCAACAGCAAGUGGCUCAGCCCACGGCGGAGGAGUAUCAGCGGACCACGCCCAGUGCGGAUAACGAGGGGGUGGCCAGUGAGCAUCAGCUCACAGCGAAAGCGCAAAAACGGACUGAACUGGAACUCCUUCAGGUUGACAGAGUGGAUCGCAAGGAUGGCAUGGAUUGGUACUACGAGAGCUUCAAGAAGAAGCGCGACUUCAAUGGCGGUGCUGCUGUGCGGAAAUCAUCCCACAAGGAGGUGUACUACGAUGGUAUAGGAGCCUCGUCCAGUUGGAAUCGAUUGCACAAGAAGGAGAUCCUCUUUCUCAGCUUGUUAUUGUUGUGGAGAGCGUGUUAAACAGUUUGUUAAGAUCUUUAAUUUAGACCGUUAAAAUAUUUUAUUGUGU